AUGGCCAAACUUUUACAGGAAAUAUUUUCUAUUUGCCGUCUUUGCUUGUGCCAAGACGAAGAACUUCUCACGCCUGUGAAGCAAAUAAUCGAUUCUACGCUUUCCGCAGAAGAUAUAGAAAGGUUCACCGGCCAUCAGGAAAACAAAUUUGCUUGUUCGUAUUGCCCGAUUAAAAUGAACCAUCCUGCAAAUCUGAUGCGUCACGUAAACGCUGUACACUUAAAAAUCAUAGUUAAAAGCUGUGAAAUAUGCGGCAAAGGAUUCACCCACAAUAAUGUCUAUAAAUCACAUAUGCGUUCUCAACACGAUAUAGGAGAGUCGUAUGAGUGCAAUAUUUGUUUGAAACUUUUUAAAUAUCCUUGUGGACUCAGAGAACAUCGUAAAAGAUUUCAUAAUGAUGAAAUCAAGUAUGAUUGUAGCGUUUGCGGAAAAGUGUUUAAAACAAGAUCAUAG